CCAGUUUUUAGACGCGCUUCAUUUGACUGAUUCCUGGCGGAGUGACCGAUGUUGUCCCAUCUGCAGUCAAGUAAUGGAUAAACAGCUGUCAAUGCAAUGCAGUCUGAGGAGUGAAUACAGACACACAGUCGUUGGAAAUCAGACAUUUGAUAUAAAAAGUCCAUUAAAACAAACUGAUUUACAUUCCAACGAACAUUCCACAACAUGUGACACAUUGGAUCUAAGUAAGAAAAACCUAACUUAUCUUAGUGAAGACCUUUACAAAAGCGACUUUUGUAUAAAGAAUAUCCAUUUACAAGGAAAUGCUUUGUGCUGUCUUCCCGAGGAUUUCUUUCAACAACUGCCAUAUCUUGUAUGGUUAGAUCUUCGUUAUAAUAAAAUUACAAGUCUGCCCUCUGCAAUUGGAGAACACAGGCAGCUGCAAUAUCUCCUCUUGGAAGGAAACCCGUUGCAAGCAUUACCUAUUGAACUUGGGGACCUGACCACUCUUAAAGCUCUGAAUCUCAGACAUUGUCCUCUUGAAUUUCCUCCAAAGAAUAUUGUUCAGAAUGGGCUUGAGUCCAUUUUAUCCUUUCUCAAAAAUGCUAGACGAGAGAAUCAAGUAGGUUCUGAAUCCUCUGAAGCAGAUAGGCUGCCUGUUGAAAAACUGCAGCUCAAUGACCUGUUGGACUCCAGCUUGGAAAUGUCUGAAGAAUGGGAAAAUGAAGAACAAAGGAAGCAGUUUGAGAUGCUAAAAAAAAGAAUCCAGCAGGAAGAUCUGAAAGAGUUGAAUCAAUGGCAAACUCUUGGCCUUCAAGCCGUACCCCAGGGAACCGCUAAUCUGAAAAAGACAGAGAAAUGCGCCUUUUUAACUGAGUCAAGGCACGUAGUAACGAAAGACAGCAGGAAUCAUGGGGCAAAUAGAAACGCAGAAAUGAAAGAAAGACUUGCUUUGAUCCAUCAGAAGAAUAAAGAUCAAGAAAUACUUAAAGAGUGGCAAAAGCAAACCAAGAUUAUGCAGGAUAAAAAAGCAAGAGAGAGACCGGCAAAGGAGGUGAAGAUACUUAGCAUCGCUCCGUACGCCAUUAGUCUGGAAAACGAUGACUUGGGCAAGCAAAACUCUGCCAUAGAUGCAAAACAAGAGAACAUGCCAAGAAUCACAUCAGGGAAAUCGCUGAAGGAAAUGAAGAGAGAAAGCUCAUCAAGAGACCUUAAACUGGAACAGCGAAUCAGGGAACAUAUCCAGGCCAUGAAAGAGAGAAAGAAAAGCACAAAGGGAACUGCUCAUGAAGAGCUUGAGACAUCUAAGAAAGAACUAGAAGAGGCCGCAUUGCUUCAAGCUGAAUUACUCCGUAGGAAACAAGAACAAGAAUACCGGUUUACUGCAUUUACAGGAGAAUUUUACUCGAGUCCAGCCAGCCAAGCAGAACCUGAGAACGUCUUUACAUCAUUUUAACAACCGUGUGCUGUCAUUUUUAUUAACCUCCUGUCUUCCGCAAGAUGCCUUAGCCCUUUCUGGCUACCAAGGGGUUAAUUAAAUAUUGUUAUCACAGCAAGUAGUUACUUGAUAAUUGCUAGAGGAGAUUACCAAAACAAUACUUGAUAUAUUUGUAUAUCUCUUUAUUUGUUAAUAAAACUCUUAAUAAUUUGAUAA